GAAAAUCGCCACGUACACCCCCAAGUUACCGACAACCCAAAUCACGAAAACCCUAAUCUAGCAUCCUUAUAUAAACUCGAUUUGAACGCGCAGGUUUUUUUCUUUUCUACCCAAGCACUGACGUCUGUCAAUCCCUGCUCGGGCUCACACGUUGGGGUUCAGUUCUUUAGUUGCAGAAUUCAAUUUCUUGCCAAACCCUAGUCUUUGGAUCAAGUCUGAGCAUUUACAACUAGUGCAAGGGAUACGCAGUGUUUGUUACGUCAGCCAAGUUUCAUGUCUGAUUUUGACAUCCAAACUCCAACUGCAUUUGAUCCUUUUGCUGAUGCAAAUGCUGAGAAUUCUGAUGCCGGGUCAAAAGACUAUGUUCACAUACGUGUACAGCAGCGAAAUGGUAGGAAAAGCCUGACUACUGUGCAGGGUUUGAAGAAGGAAUUCAGCUAUAAUAAAAUACUCAAGGACCUUAAGAAAGAGUUUUGCUGCAAUGGUACUGUUGUUCAGGACCCCGAACUAGGCCAGGUUAUUCAACUUCAAGGCGAUCAGCGGAAGAAUGUCUCAUCCUUUCUUGUUCAGGCUGGGAUCGUGAAAAAGGAGCAUAUCAAAAUUCAUGGUUUUUGAGCCGUGUCAUCUGUUUCUGCUCAGUGGACAUCAAAUCGUUUCAGUGCAGAACAUAUUAUGCAAACUUAUUUUGAAAUAGCAUUGCUGUAUUCUCGUGCUUGUGUGAUCUAUACACACUUCAUUUCCAGUAUAUCUUUGUUCUAGUACUGUCGUGUUAUCUUAAUAGGAUGUUUGUCUGUGUUAAUGGCUAUGCUAAAUAAUGACAAUUUGGUCAGUGCGUGUUUUCUCCAAUAAGUUUAGUGCAAUCUGUUGUUCAUAUGAUAUGUGGGUUUUCAAUGAAAAAUCGAAGAUGGGGUUGGUUGGUUCA